CCGCCGCCGCCGCCGCCAGCGCCAGAGCAGCAGCAGCAGCAGGGGCAGGAACAGGAGCACCUCACUGGCAUUUAACGAGCGGAGCUGCUAGCUGCGCUGGAGAGAGACGCGCAGGGAGGAGGAGGAAGAAGAAGAGGAGGAGGAGGACGGGAAGCGGAGAAGAAGGAGGGGAAGAGGAGGAGAAGAGGAGGAGGAGGAGAAGAAGAAGAAAAAGAAGAAGAAGAAGAAGAAGAAGACGAGGAGGGAGAGGAGGAGGAGGAGGCCAAACGGACACCAACUGAAACAAAAGUAUUUCCAAACCGGCACCCAACUCCACCUUGUGAGGCUCCCACAGCAUGGCUUCCGAGGAACUCUACGAGGUAGAGAGAAUUGUUGACAAGAGGAAAAACAAGAAAGGAAAAACAGAGUAUUUGGUGCGAUGGAAAGGAUACGACAGCGAAGAUGAUACUUGGGAGCCAGAACAGCACCUUGUCAAUUGUGAGGAAUAUAUACAUGAAUUUAACAGACGCCACAAUGAAAAGCAGAAAGAAAGCACAUUAACCAGGACAAACAGGACCUCUCCAAAUAAUGCCAGAAAACAAAUUUCUAGGUCUACCAAUAGUUCUUUUUCAAAGACAUCUUCUAAAUCUUUAGUUAUGACUAAAGAACACGAGUCAAAAAAUAGUCAACUUUUUUCUGCCACACAGAAGUUCCGGAAAAACAAUUCACCGUCGCUUUCUGGACGUAAAAAUAUGGACCUUGCAAAAUCAGGUAUUAAAAUCCUAGUGCCCAAAAGUCCAAUUAAGAGCCGGACAACAGUUGAUGGCUUCCAGAAUGAAAGCCCAGAUAAAAUGGACCAUAUAGAGCAAGAUCAAGAUGACUCUGUAGCACCAGAAGUAGCAGCAGAAAAACCAGUGGGAGCUUUGUUAGGACCUGGUGCAGAGCGUGCUAGGAUGGGGAGCCGACCAAGGAUACAUCCAUUGGUGCCACAAUUGCCAGUGCCAGUAACAGCCACAAUUGCAUCAGCAUUAACAAUAAAUGGAAAAGGUACACCCACCUUUAUGGAAGCAUUAGCAGCCAAUGGUACAACCAACAUCCAGACAUCUGUGACAGGAGUGACAGCCAGCAAGCGAAGGUUUAUUGAUGACAGGAGAGAUCAGCCCUUUGAUAAAAGGCUGCGUUUCAGCGUGAGGCAAACGGAGAGCGCGUACCGGUACAGAGACAUUGUUGUCAGGAAACAAGAUGGAUUCACACACAUUUUGCUAUCAACAAAAUCGUCUGAAAAUAAUUCAUUAAAUCCAGAGGUAAUGAAGGAAGUCCAAAGUGCACUGAACACAGCAGCUGCAGAUGACAGUAAACUUGUGCUGUUCAGUGCAGUUGGUAGCAUUUUCUGCUGUGGUCUUGAUUUUAUUUAUUUUAUACGACGUUUAACGGAUGAUAGAAAAAAGGAAAGCACUAAGAUGGCAGAAGCUAUUAGGAAUUUUGUGAAUACUUUUAUUCAGUUUAAGAAGCCUAUCAUUGUAGCAGUAAAUGGCCCAGCCAUUGGACUUGGAGCAUCUAUAUUGCCUCUGUGUGACGUGGUCUGGGCCAACGAGAAAGCCUGGUUUCAGACACCAUACACUACUUUUGGACAAAGUCCAGAUGGAUGUUCAUCCCUUACAUUCCCUCGGAUUAUGGGCCUGGCUUCUACUUGUGGUUGUUACUUUUCAUUUCUUUAGAAGUUGUACAAAAAACACAAGCUCUUCCCUAGUGCACUCUUUCAUGUGUGUUUGUGAAUGCUCUCAUUCUUAAAUAGAAAGAUUUUAGUUGAAAGCAUCCAGUGGUAACAAUUCCAAAAUGAUCAGUGCAAAAAGGGGAAAAAAUCCACUGUUUUUAUAAUAUCCUUGACUCUCUGCAGCAAAGCAGUGUCUCUGUGGGACAAAGCUGAACUUUACUCAGUAUAUUUCAUGAAAUAUGUUCAGAAUCCAUACUGAAGACUUUGAUAUAGAUAUAGAAGAUAAAUGUUUGAAGAUAUGUAUAGUAGAUACAGAAGUAUGCUUUUGUCUGUAAAAGAGAGAGAGAAGUCAGCAGGAAGAUAUUAUGAGUGAAAUGCAAAACAUUCAGGGGGAAAAAAAUACAAAGCAAAAAAUUAAGGCCUCUGAAUGCAUCAUAAUAUUUUCUACAAAUAUAUCAAUUCAUCAAGAGUAGCGCCACCCCUAACUCUUGUAAGUCAGUCUUAAAAUGCAAUGUUGUUAGCUGCAGCUAUGUAAAAAUGUUACAUUGCAAGAUUCCUGGAAAUAUCUUCCAUGUGGAGUCAGUCACCUUCUGUGGGUGAGCAGGUCUCUCAUGGAGGGGGAUAUCUUUUUCCCCCAUUUUCAACCAUGGGUUUAUUCCAGGAAAUUUGAACCCCAAACUUUAGGCUUCAAAACUGAUACCGUCUUGGAAUUACCAAGAAUUUUAGAAGUGUCCCUGAACUUGGCUUUUGAGUUUUGAAAAUAAUCUGUAAGACAUUGAGGUGAUGUCUGUAUGGGGAGAUGUUAUUAUGAAUCUGCCAUGGAGCUCUUGCUCUGGCUGUCAGGUCCUAGAUGUGAAGCCCAGGAGCUGUGUGAUCACACAUCACACACUGGGUCUCCCUGCCAGGCCCCAGCAAGCCUGGCAGGAUGUCUUAGCUUUUCUGUCAGUCAGGAGGGAAGCACAGUUCCAUAGUGCCUGGAGUCCCUGUCACAGCCAGGCUCUGGGGUGGUCAGAGGCCAGCUGCCUCCUGAUCAUGGUGCAGGAGAGCUGAGCUGCUCCAUGGCCCUGGUGCCUGUGGCCUUGCACCAAAGGACCCUGGUGAGCCUCAAAGUCCUCACUGAAGAGAGUCCAGAGGUCCAAGUGAAGUUCCUCUGUGGAAGGAGAUGUUUUCUACUUAGAGUAGAAAGUGAAGGUUGCUAAUGAGAUUCUUAGUGAAAUAUUUUUGUCACACUCAUUUCUAUGGCUGUAGUAUAUUUCUUGGAAAGUAACCACCAAGUGAGUUAAUUUUUACAGCAGGUACAAGGCAUGAUUAUGAUUAAAGCUUGUUUAGCAGUUGGUCUCCAGCAGAUGUUGUGUAUAGAUCAAAAGUAAAGAUGCCAGAGCAAGAGAUUUCCCCUCAAAGCCUGUCAAGUGAGAACAUCAAUGGCAAUGCUCAUUUCUUGUGAGACUUUAUGCUAAUACUGUGUUACAGCUGGCAGAAAUAAGAUAACUGUACCAUUCUCACUUAGGGUGUUUCAUGUUCAGGAGAACUCAGCAGUUGCAACUAAGUUUUAGGGGGGAAAAGGGGUUUUCUAGCAUUGGUUUUUAUCCUUGCAAAGUUACAUAUGAAGAAUAUGCAGACCUCACCACCUGGCUUAAAUGCUUGCCUGUCAUAACUAUCAGUUAGAUUGACUUCACAUUUUGAUCUUUCAUAGAAAUGUUAAGUGGUUUUAAAUUAUGUUAGAAGACUAAUUUUUCCCCAACUGUGUAGGAAAAAGGAUUCGGUUUUUAGACAACCAUGUGUACAUCUCUGAUUCUUAUUUAGUAUUUCAGGUUAUUAUUAUUCACAUACAUUCUGGAAAAUGAGAAGGAAUGGUUAAUGAACUUUGUGUAGUUGAUACUGUGUUCACAGAAGGUAGAACUAUAGGGUAUAGAACUCGAUCACAGUGCAAGAGAUUUGGGUUUUUGUCAGCUAAUAUAUGUGAAUCACAGUUUUCCAUAGUAACUCUCAGAGAUGUGCUGAUGGUAAAAUCACAGUAAAAUACACUAGGAAGCUGGCUGGGUUUUUUCCUUGCAUUCCAAAUGGACUGGCAGUCAGGAAGCAAACUACCAGUAGAGCCCAGACUUCAUAUUUCAUUACAAAGGAACAAACAAGAGACUGCAGAAUCUCCACAUCGCUUCAUGUGUAAAAUGCAAUACCAGGAACAUGGUAGCACAGCAAAUGAAUAAUUGUUUAUGAAGUUAAUAAUUAAUUAUUUGAGAUCCUUAACUGAAAGUUGCUGAAAUAAUUACCAGAUGUUCCGCUACUGGAAAAUGUUAAAAACCUCAGUAUUUUUCCCUCAGAAGUGUUACACCUGUCAGGUUUGUAUUUUAGAACAGCCUUAUUUCCUAUAUUUCAUCAAUCCAGUAAUGGCUUUGUAAGUGGCUGUAGGACAAAACUUUAAUGGGGAAAUUGGUAAAUAGUAAAGUGCAUGAUAAUUACAAAUCAAAAACAUAUACAGAACUAGAGAGAGCAUCUUGUUGCAUAGAAGGUGGUACUCAAUUCUGUACCUUGAACCAUGUGCAAGAUCUUUUAAAUAUUGAGGGUUUUUAAUAAGACUGCUAUAUCAGAUACUUAAAGGAUUUAUAAUUUCAGUAUUGGACUGUUGAAGCAAAUGUGAAUGUUUAUUUUCUAUGAAUUUGGUCAGAAAUUGGAAUACAUCCUUAUAAAGGGCAAGCUGAUGUAUUCAUUGCUGGUUUACAGAUUGGCCAGGCAUUAUAACCUAUUCCCACAUACACAGAUAACCAAGUCAGCAGUACUGUGAGAAAGCCAGAGCUAACAAACAUUCACAGCCAGGAAAUGACAGAAGACAUUUUCACAUUUAACCAUUAAUCAUAGACAUCCACAUUUCAAUAACUACUGACCUAGUACUGCUCAACAACACGGACCAGCCAGCUGUAGGCCAGUAUUUUUCUUUUUUUAAUUAAAAAAACUUGGAAGAGCUGUAAUAAAACUAUUUCAAACAGUGCAGGCAUUUUUCUUAUUUGUUUUGAACAUUUUUCCUUUGAUGAGUUUUGUCUCAUUACAUUUCAUACCAGAAGUAACUUUUUAUCCCUUCAGGCCAAUGAAAUGUUGUUCAGUGGAAGGAAGCUGACGGCGCAGGAAGCUUGUGCCAAAGGACUCGUCUCCCAAGUGUUCUGGCCAGGAAC